CCGACGUACAUCGGCUACAUCAAGACGGCCUCGGACGCCAUCCUCCUCCUCUCGGCCUGCGACCUGCCCGCCAACGCCGGCCUCGCCCGCGGCGCCUGCCCGCCGCCGCGAUGCGUCACUCGCCGCCUGCUCGACAGUGAGCGCGCCACGCUCAUCCGCUCCGGCAGCGUCUUCGCCUGGGACGAGAAGUCGGCCGGCAUGCGUCGCUGGACCGACGGCAAGUGCUGGAGCGCCAGCCGUGUCUCCGGCUGCUUCCUCACCUACCGCGAGCUCGAGGUGCGCAAGAAGCCCGCCAGCAGCACGGCCAACGGCAGCACCGUCGCCACGGCCAACCAGUACAAGGUCGACGGCCUCAUCAAGCAGAGCUUCACCAUCACGACGCGCAGCGGCCGCAAGCUCCACGUCAUCUCCUACUACACCAAGCGCGACUUCCGCGAGGGCCGCCUGCGCCGUGUCAGCGAGGACCCG